GGCGCGCGCGCUGCUCCCCGCCCCGGCGCCGGACUACGACGACGAGGAUCUCGAGGAGCGCGCGUACGAGGCGGCUGAGAAGGUCAUCGUGUCCAUCUCGGGCGGGCCGGACCCGGAGGACGUCGACGGCGAUGGCGACGGCGCGGAGCUCUGCUCGUCCUCGGGGUCGUCACCGCCGCCCUUCUCGUGGCGGAAGCUCUGGCUCUUCACGGGCCCCGGGUUCCUCAUGAGCAUCGCGUUCCUGGACCCGGGCAACCUCGAGGGCGACCUCCAGGCGGGCGCCGUCGCCGGGGACACGCUGCUGUGGCUGCUCAUGUGGGCCACCGCCAUGGGCCUCCUCGUGCAGCUCCUCGCCGCGCGCCUCGGCGUCGCCACAGGCCGUCACCUCGCCGAGCUCUGCCGCGACGAGUACCCUGACUGGGCGCGCCGCGCGCUCUGGCUCAUGGCCGAGGUCGCCAUGGUCGGCGCGGACAUCCAGGAGGUCAUCGGCAGCGCCAUCGCCAUCAAGAUCCUCAGCCGCGGGUACCUGCCGCUCUGGGCCGGCGUCGUCAUCACCGCCUUGGAUUGCUUUAUUUUUCUUUCGCUCGAAAACUAUGGGGUGAGGAAACUAGAAGCUGUAUUUGCACUUCUAAUUACAACUAUGGCUGUCUCAUUUGCAUGGAUGUUCACAGACACUAAACCCAACGGGAAAGACUUAUUGAUUGGUAUUUUGGUUCCAAAAUUGAGCUCAAGGACAAUAAGGCAAGCGGUUGGGGUUGUUGGCUGUGUAAUCAUGCCUCACAAUGUGUUUCUUCAUUCAGCACUAGUGCAAUCAAGGAAAAUAGAUCAAAAUAAGGAAUAUCAAGUCCGUGAAGCAUUGAGAUACUAUUCAAUAGAGUCAACAAUAGCAUUAGUUGUCUCCUUCAUGAUAAAUCUCUUUGUUACAACAGUUUUUGCAAAAGGAUUUUAUGGAAGCAAGGAAGCCGGUAAUAUUGGUCUUGAAAAUGCUGGACAGUAUUUACAAGAGAAGUUUGGUGGAGGAUUUUUUCCUAUACUGUACAUCUGGGGGAUUGGGCUUUUAGCAGCUGGACAGAGUAGUACUAUAACAGGAACUUAUGCUGGGCAGUUUAUAAUGGGCGGAUUUCUGAAUUUAAGGUUAAAAAAAUGGGUCAGGGCACUGAUCACCAGAAGCUUCGCAAUUGUGCCUACUAUAACUGUUGCUUUGUUCUUCGACACAUCUGAUUCUGCACUGGAUAUUUUAAAUGAGUGGCUCAAUGUGCUCCAAUCAAUUCAGAUCCCUUUUGCACUCAUUCCACUCAUCACCUUGGUUUCCAAGGAGCAAGUUAUGGGAGUCUUCAAAAUAGGCCCUAACACCCAAGCUGUAACCUGGACUGUAGCCACUCUGCUGAUCACUAUCAACGGCUACCUCUUGAUGGAUUUCUUCUCUUCUGAAAUCCGAGGUCCCCUAUCUGGCUCGCUUCUCUGCGUGGCGGUCCUCAUUUAUGCCUCGUUUGUUCUGUAUCUCAUAUUGCGGGGCACCGAGCUGUCCGAGAAGAUUGCCAAAGCGAUCCGCGGCAGUUUUUCAUGACAAUAGUCAUCAGUUUUGGUCUUACAUAGUGACAAGAAGUUUCUCAGACAGAAGAGACACGUAUCGGGAGAUACUACCACACCCGGUCUGGUGACUGCGGACUGGAUACUACAGCACACCGGCAUACACUGUACAGUGAUUGCUUGGAAGGGUCCACCCAUCAGUUGCUGCGAGGAGCUUGCAAGCCUGUAGCAGCUGCUCGUUGCAUCUGCUCCAGGCCGGAAGUAACACAUAGAGAUGAACGAAUUGCUGAUGUUGUACGUGAACAUUCAGAGAAGACAGGUUCUCUUUGCAAUCAACUCUCUUUUUUUUAACCAGUGAAGUAACCAGAGGAAGAGGACGUUGGGAAUGG